AUGCUUGCUAAUGUGGCAAAUAUAUGUUUUAUCCUUCAUGAUAAGCGUUUGCACAAGCCAAUGUAUCUUCUGAUUUGCAACCUUGCUGUAGUUGAUAUGCUGUACAGCUCCAGUGCCAGUCCAACUAUGAUUGGUGUGCUGGUAGCUGGUGAUAAAACCAUAGCUUAUGUGUCAUGCUUCAUUCAGAUGUUUGUUUUCCACCUGGGGGGCGUAAUGGAGAUGUUUGCUAUCUCUGUCAUGGCUUUUGAUCGUUUGAUUGCAAUCUCUAGUCCACUGAGGUAUCAAAGUAUCCUCACCAAUGUUCGUACUCUGGUUCUGACCGUCUUGACCAGGCUAGGUGUGGUGCUGACCUUGGAAGAGCGUCAUGGCUUGAUGAUCGGGGCUAUUCUCGGGCCCUCUCUUGUUAAUCCCUUUGUAUACUGUUUUAGAACCAAAGAGAUCAAAAACAAAAUGUUGAAGAUGUUUAACAAAGUUGCGCCCACUGAAUAA